CUUUGAUCAUUUCGCCCUUUACUAACCUCAUCUCUACCCCUCUCACUUGCACUGCUUCCACCAUCCGUACUAACCCUGCUAUCCAGCACACCCAUAUCAUCCAUUGCGGCCAUAGUAACUCAAUCCUCACGAAGACGAGAGAAACAAAAUCCAUAUGUUGACAAAGUAGGCAAUAUGACAACUCUACCAAACCAAGAGUGCUUUGAUCUUGUGAUCUAUAGAGGCACCUCGUCCACGCAACAUGAUGACACCAGCCAAGAAACCCACGACGACCGGAUUACAUUUACUGGCACUUGGAAAACCAUUCGUACUAGGGCCCAAGAAUACUGCGGAAGGAUAUAAUGCCGAGCUUCAAGUCUUCGGGUGCUUGGGUGCGUUGUCGCAGGCCUUAGAGGCCUUGGGUUCCCUCAACUAUGGCGUGGAACUCACGCUAUUACGCCCCGAUGACCCCAAGGCUAACAACAAGAGACGGCGCACGGCUAGGGAGAAUGGAGGCUUGGAAGCAUCAGACCAACAUCAACAGACCAAGGAAGCUUCUCAUAUUAUCCAAACGGCUAAUCCUAACGCCUGCGCCAAUUGUGGUGAAAUUGAUCACAAGGCAGCAUUUUGCGUCACAGUUGGGAAAAGUGGCUGGAUGGAAGCGUGCUGCAAAUGUGACAGUCAAGAGCAUGCCUACGAAAGUUGCCCUCGUCGCCAGCAGGAUGAAGAUUUCACGUAUCUCAUCUUGAACCGAGGAAACAUUGGCCCCGUCAAAUCUUCACUGCAUUUGGGACAGGUUAUACUAAUGGAACUCCAUCGGCCCGACUCACUGUAUGUAGACACCGACAUUGUUGCUCUGCCACACUCGGCUGCAUUUUCUAUGCAAGUCGGACAAUGGCGGAAUAAAGAUGAGACCGGCUAUGCUAUUGAACUCGCGCGUCACGGCCAAUCGUUAGGUCGCGCUAUACAUACCCUUAAAGAUCAUCAUUGGACGACCCAGGAAGAGCAUAAAGUCGACGAAAACGUCACAUGCGAGAACUGUGGGCAAAUAUAUCAUUCGGUAUACGAGUAUUUGGCUCUUUGCGGAUUUUGUGGGAGCGAUAAGCACGUAACAAUGUUCUGCGAAGAUAGAGCUAGGGUAUGCCUCUGUUCCAAAUAUCCCAAACACAGCAGAGAUUGUUGCAAGAAUGAAUGCUGGUACUGUGCGGCUGUACAGGCAAAUCACAACCCCCAUUACAUUUCAGAGUGUCCCAUUAUUUGUCAUAUAUGUCUUGAGCCAGGUCACAAGACGAAGAACUGUAAGAUAAAGCGAUUAAGCCGAGCAUGCCGGAGAUGUUCGAUGGAAGAAUAUCACUAUCCUCUAGUUCACAAUAUAUGCCCCGGAGCCGGUUGCAUGCGCAUUCUGGCAACACAACCUUGCGAGGAUCAUUGCCAUAUCUGUGGCUAGGAGCUCAGCUUUGACAGAUUUCUUGAGACUGCAGGCUUACCAAAGCACAAGUGCCAGUGGAAGAGCGGCAUUUGGUUCGGGCCGCAUAUGGGAGUUGGCCUUAGGUGUAGACAAAAUUCUCAACACCCCACUGACUUCUCCCAAUUACUGAAGAAAGCUCGUUUGGCAGCUUUAGGGGCUAUCCUCUGCGCUGCUGCUGGCGGUAGUGAGGUGAAAUCACAGCCUAUAGAGUGCAUCGCGUGCCAACUUCUUGCAAGAAAUAAACAAGAAUCAUAUGUGAAGUACGUCUUGAUUAACUUUUAUUUAAACUGCUCUAUCUAACAAGGACGUCUCACAGUGAUCUUCUCGGGUGAAAGGAAGGCCUCCUCGCGCAAUGGCUUAGAGAAUAUUUACUUCACUCAUAUGCAGCUGGUGAUCUCGCUUGUCCAUUGUCCGAUAGAAUAGGGAUUGAUUUUGAUGGUAUGUCUAUACUUAAGAGACAGGAUGGAU